AUCUGUAAUUGUUGAGUGUGGAGAAAGAGGGAAGAAGACGAGUGUCGGGUGUGGAGGAGGAGUAUUUGAUUACAAGUAGAAGUCCUAACACAUAACAUAUAAAGCGGGUAGGCCGGAGUGCCGCCUGCUGGCCGUAGCAGUUGAGGAGGAGGGGAUUGGAGGGUGGGGUAAUCAGCAAUGGAGACCUCAAUUAGGUAUGGGGGAGAUUCGAAAGCUCUGAGAAUCCAUGCCAAGGAGAAGUUGCCCAUCGACUCCAAUACUCACUUGCAGCUUCACGGAGAACUGGACACUCGACUCGGAGCCCCAACUUGCUUGACUGCUCUGAUUAGACACUUUUAUCCCAGUCUUUCAGCAGAUCUUGGAGUUGGAUUGAAAUAUAAUAGGCAGGAUAAGCUUCAUUAUACCGUCCGCGCUAAGAAGGCAUUUCCAGUCACUACUAAUGGCUUUUUUAACUUCCAUGUUAAGGGCCACUGUGAUGUUGACCAGGAAUUUAGACAGAAAAGGUCAAGAGGAGCAGCCGAGUUUUCUUGGAUAAUUUUCAACUUGAAAACAGACCAGGAUGUCAAGCUAAAAGUUGGUUAUGAAGUCUUUGAUAAGGUUCCAUAUAUGCAGAUUAGAGAAAACAACUGGACAAUCAAUGCUGAUAUGAAUGGAAGGUGGAAUCUAAGAUAUGAUUUGUGAGAGUAGGUUGGCAUUCACGAAAGAAAAGGAAUUUUCCAUUUUUUGUUGGAUUAUGAUUAGUAAAAACUGAGAUAUCAUUUCGCAUUGAUGCGUGGCACCAGAAAUGCUUUGAUGUCACGAUUUCGUGAAAUACGUUAAUUUUAUGUCAUCUAUGCCCGAUAUUACCAUUCCGUGGAAAAUACGUUCACUUUAUGUCA